CGGUCCCCGCGUCCGAUGCGGAGGGCCGGAGCGGGGCCGGAGCCCCUCGGCGCCGCCGCUCUCCUCUUCAGAGGGGCCGCUCCGCCGGGCCGAAGGACGGGGGGCGCGGAGGGCGGGGGCCGCCCGGGCCGGAGCGCGGCGCACACCUACCUGAGCGCGGCUCUCCUCGCGGCGGGGGCGGGCGCUGUCCCGGCACCUCCGGCGCGGGGCGAGGGGCGCGGAGCCGCCUCCCGGCGCCGCCCGGAUCCCCGCGCGGGCGGAGCGCUGCGCAGCCGGCGGCGGCGGCGCGGGGGAGACAAAGGGGGCUGGAAGGCGGCGGGGGAGGAGGGGGCAGUGUGCGGAAGGGGACGCUACGAAUGGAUGCACACAAAACUUACCUGCAACAGCAAAUGGUGAUUUAACACAAGAAGGGAGGGUUUCUGGAGCCCGAGCACCAGAAGAACAAAUCCCUGAAGUCUGAAAGAUGGAUUUCAGAAAACUCAGAAGUGCCAUAUG